CGGCUUGACGCCGGCGGCCCGGGGCGGGGGCGCCAGUCCAGCACAAACCGAAGUCCGCGUCAGCAUGAACCUCUCCAACGUCUUCUCGGACGGGAUGGUGCUGCAGCGCGCGCCCGCGGUCCCCAUCGUUUGGGGCUUUGCGUCGCCCGGGAUCCGCGUGGAGACGACCUUCGGCGCCCACAGCCUCUCCGCGCUGACGGACCACAGCGGCGUCUGGCGGCAGCCGCUUCCGCCGACCGAGGCGUCCGACCGCGGGCAGACGCUCCUCUUCCGCAGCUCCGAGGGCGGUGCGGCGCUGCGCGACGUCCUCUUCGGCGAGGUCUACCUAUGCAGCGGCCAGUCCAACAUGGAGUACACGCCUCGCUCGAUGGCGGGCAUGAACAACGCGAGCGCGGAGAUCGCCGCCGCCGACUCGCCGGCGUACCGAAGCGUGCGCCUCUUCACGGUCGGCAAAGGCACGACUAGCAAGACCCCGCUCCGCGCGCUCGGCUCCCUCUACCACAACUGGACGGCCGCCUCCUCCGCGCUGGUCGGCGGCCUCGCCUGGAAGGAGUUCUCGGCCGUCUGCUGGCUGUUUGGUAAGGAGCUGAGCAACGAGCUCAAGGUGCCGGUCGGGCUCAUCUCCUCCAGCUGGGGAGGGACGCAGAUCCAGGUCUGGAUGCCGGAGGCGGCAAACGAGGCGUGCCACCAAGGCAGCUGGAGCGGCGACCGUUACAACGCGAUGAUCGCGCCGUUUGCGGUUGGCCCCAUGGCCCUCUCCGGCGCGAUCUGGUACCAAGGCGAGUCUAACAACGGGCAAGGCCGCUACUACUCGUGCGCCUUCCCGGCGAUGAUCAGCGCCUGGCGCGCCGCCUUCCACUCGCCCGCCCUCUGGUUCGGGUUCGUGCAGAUCGCGGGAUACCGCUACGGAGGCGCGUCUCGCCCGGACCCGUCUGCGGACCUGCGCCAAGCGCAGCUGGCCGCUCUCUCGCUGCCGAACGUCGGCGUCUCGACUGCGAUCGACACGGGCGGCCGGACCGGCAUCCACCCGCCAGACAAGCAGACGCCCGCGCGCCGGCUCGCGGCCGCCGCCCUCGACAUGCGCUAUGGCCGCCGCCAGUUUGAGGCGCAGCACCGGCCGCCCCUCUACUCCGGGCAGCGCCUGCUCCGGCGGCCUCUGCUGCCGACUCUACUGCCGGCGGCGGCGGCGCUUGGUGGGGGCUCGUCUUGGGGCGAGUCCGGGGGCGGAGACGACGCAUGCAGCGGCAAGCGCUGCGACGUCGAGGCGCGUGCCGGCCUUGUGGCGAGUGGUUCGUUGCGAUGGAGAGGUGAUGGAGAGGCGUGCCCGUGCGGCUGCGAGUGCGGCACACCCGCAGACCCGGGCGUGUGCUAUGUCCCCGCCGCGCCGCCGCCCACCGGCUGGUGCGGCGGCACGGCGGAGGGCGAGGCGGGCGGCGGCGCUGCGGCGGGCGGCGGCGGAGCGGCGGGGCGAGGCGGCGGCGUUGCGACGGUGGCCGUCCGUCUCUCGUUGCCGGCAACGACCGAGGUGCCGCCUUGGGCCACCGCGUCCUCCACCCUCGGCCAUCCAGGCAGCGUGCCGCGCAACGCGUGCCCCGUCGCGAGCAUGCCUCCGUUCCACAACCCGCAAGACUGCGGCUGGCCGCGGCUCUACGCAGAGGCGCCCAACGGGUCCGCGGUUGUCUUCAACGCCACCGCCGACUUGGCAGACGGCGGGCAGACGAUCCUCCUCCGCGCGUCCGUCCCGCCCGGCCUCCAGGUCGUCGCCUCGUCCUACGGCCGCGGCUCGUGGCCGAGGACGGUCUUCUUCUCCGCCGGCGGCGUGCCGGUGCUGCCGUGGUAUGCCACGCUCAACGAGACCCGCCCCUGGGUGCUGCCCGCCUCGGUCGCCGACGACCCGGCGGCGCACGUCGAGCUGCCCGACGGGGCGGAGGGGGAGCGGGUGCAGUGAGGGGAGAGGUCGGGGCAGGCGCCCCGCAGGCCCUCGCGACCUAUGCCUGUUGUUCUGGGGGGUCGGGGUCGGUGUGGACUGGCUAGGGUCGCCUCGCUGUCGAAUAAAUAAAUAGAGCAGAC